UCCUCCCUCUACACAUUUCUAUUGGCAGUUCUAUGAAGAAGAGCUUCUAAUCUAUUCUCCCAUUUAAUCUCUUUCUACUCUCACAAGGAAAGGAUGAAGACAGCAAGUUUCUUAGCCAAUCUCUGCUUCUCCAUCCUCUGUUUUGGUAUUACUUGCCAAACCCACUAUCCAUGGCCUCUUCUAUUUCUCUUUCUCUUUCUCUUCCCUUUCCUCCUCAACUAUUGGCUUAUCCCUGGAGGCUUUGCCUGGAGAAACCAACACAAAUCCCUCCCUGGUCCAUUUGGUUGGCCAUUACUGGGCACCAUCCCGUCACUGGGUCGUCUCAGUCAUCGUAAACUCGCCGACCUAUCGGCGUCGCUCGGUGCAACCCGUCUUAUGGCCUUCAGUAUGGGUCCAACACGUGUCGUGAUCAGUAGCCACCCUGAUACUGCAAAGGAGAUCCUCAGUGGUUCUGCUUUCUCUGAUCGUCCAACCAAAGAAUCCGCAAAGCUAUUGAUGUUCGAGAGAGCCAUUGGAUUCGCACCUUCCGGGGAGUACUGGAGACGUCUGAGACGGAUUGCAGCGAAUCACAUGUUUUCUCCCCGGAGAAUCUCAGCUCUAGAAGGUCUUCGACAGAGAAUAGCUGAUGAAAUGGUGGAGAGAGUGUGGAAGAAGAUGGAGGGGAGUGGGUUUGUGGAGCUUAGAGGGAUAGUUCAGAAGGGUUCUUUAGAUAAUGUGGUGGAGAGCUUGUUUGGGAGGUCUUUAGGGUUAAAGGGGAAGGAGGAGGAGAUGAGUUUAAUGGUGAAGGAAGGUUAUGAGUUAAUUGAGAAAUUUAAUUGGGAAGACUAUUUUCCUUUAGGGUUUCUAGAUUUCCAUGGAGUGAGGAGGAGGUGUCAUAAGUUGGCCAUUAAGGUUAAUUAUCUUCUGCUUCAGGUGAUAGAAGAGAGGAGAAAGGAAGAAGAAGGAGGAGAUUUCAGGGGAAGAGAUGACUUUCUCAGUGUUUUACUCACUUUACCAAAGGAAGACCAGUUGAGUGAUUCAGACAUGGUGGCUGUUCUGUGGGAGAUGAUAUUUAGGGGAACGGAUGUGGUUGCAAUCCUUCUUGAGUGGAUCAUGGCAAGGAUGGCAUUACAUCCAGACAUCCAAGCCAAAGCCCAAGACGAAAUAGAUAGGUGCACGUGCACCUACGGACGCCGGCACGUGCGAGAUAUGGACAUUCCCAAUCUUCCUUACCUUCAAGCCAUAGUUAAGGAAGUCCUCCGAUUGCAUCCUCCGGGCCCACUACUCUCAUGGGCCCGCCUCAGCACUCAUGACGUCCACGUAGGCAAGUUCUUUAUCCCGGCUGGCACAACGGCGAUGGUGAACAUGUGGGCUAUAACCCACGACAGAUCCAUUUGGAAAGACCCAUGGGCUUUUAGACCAGAAAGGUUCAUGGAAGAAGAUAUCAGUAUCAUGGGCUCAGACUUAAGGCUUGCUCCAUUUGGGUCGGGUCGUCGGGUGUGCCCCGGUAAGGCCCUUGGUUUGGCUACUGUUCAUUUGUGGCUGGCUCGCCUUCUCCAAAAUUUCACCUGGCUUCCGGCUCAGCCGGUCGAUCUCUCCGAGUGCUUACGCCUCUCCCUCGAGAUGAAGAAACCGUUGUCUUGCCGCGUCCUUCCUCGGAGACCCACAAUGGUUUGAAGAACGUGUUGCAGAGCUCACAAAAUGGUUUCGCUAACGGUCAGGAUUCCUUUAAAGCUCAAGCAACUAGCAGAUUUGUUAUCUUCUCUUGUUUAUCUUCUAUAGGGACUUGAGAGUGGCUCAUUGAGCUCAACAUGGAAGCUCUUCUAGCUUAGCUUUUAAACUCCUUGGAAGAAAUCUCAGCCCUUGGAUAAUGUACAUUACUAUUUAUGAUAUGCGCGAUUAAUAUGUUUUUUUUUUUUUUUUUUUUCGUGGAUUAUAAAAAAGAAGAUACUUUGAGAAGGCCAAGUUAAUGCUAAUCUCU